AUGCGCUCCCCAAAGCCACCAAAGCGGGUUAGAGACUGGAAUGCAUUUGUCCGCCAGCCAGAUCCAAUUGUUACGACGAACAAAGUCUCAUCGACGAAGGAGCGGUUGAAGGGAAUCCAUUUUAACUUUCAGAAAUGGGUGCAAGAGCUUGACAACAAAGACUAUAAAUAUUGGCUUGAAAACAUCACGCUGAGGAUCGUUCAAGGCUUUUUUGAGUGGUAUUUAGAUGAGCAUGACAUAAACUACAAGUCCAGCUUCAUGACAAUUGUGCGUUUUUUCAGAAUGUACUGGAUGGAUGAAAGGGGCCUUUGCCUUCCUUACCAACUUGGAAAGGACAUUAGUUCGGAGCUGGCCCAAUCAAUGGCCAUAGAGCACGACCUUGAUAAGACCGCGAAAGAACAGCCGCCCUUUAGCAUUAACGAGGUAUUUUUUAUCACGCAUCAUCUAGUGGCCGCUUGCGACAUAGCCUUUCCUACGGUCCGGGUUCUUUUUCAAUUGAACACCCUACGGAAAAUGAUGGUCUCGACCUCAGCCCGACCUGGAACCCUUGUAUUGUCUUCCUGUUACGAGGAGGAAAAUGAUGCGCUGAAAUGGAAAGAUAUUGACCUAUAUAUGGUCAGACACCCCGAAUAUCCUGAUGCCCAAGUUCUUCUUAUGAGGGCUAGGCACAGGCUCAACAAGGGAAAGAGAAAUCAAGGAGCCCCGCCUACAUUUACUUAUACUGAAAGAAACGACAAUCUCGGACUAUGUGUUAUUCAGGACAUACUUAUGUAUGCCUUUCUUGAUGAUGCAUUUGCAAGCCCGCACAUCAAAUGCCCUCGAGAUAUUUGGCGCUUCACAAACGUUCCAGACCAUCGCCACAGCACUCCUAUUCAUUUUAAGGAUAGCCUAAAAAACAUCCCUAUUUUCAGGCGCGCUGUAAGAACAAAAUACGGAGCUUGGGCCACUGACUGUAAGGUCGGCUUUUCAUAUUCGCAGGCACAGGAAUACGAAAAGAAGGCUAGCGCAAAGGCUGGAUUUGAAGACGAGGGAUCACUCUAUAAAUACCGCAAGGGCGCAGCUGAAAACUUGAGGAAUCUUGAUGAGCACUCACGUAACAUAAUUAUGGGUCAUCGAAAAAGUGCAACGUUUUCAAAUUACAUGUCUGUGUUUAAUGACACUCAAUCCAUUUUCAUGCAAACUCCGACGAGAGAUUCUUUGUUGAAUCUCGCAUGCCAUGGAAAUCUAACACGAGAUGAAUCAGCGCCACAACACCUGAAUGCUGAGCAAAAAGAGUCUAUCGAAAUGGAUGCCGAACUUCAAGACUUGAAAAAGGCGGUCAAGUCAACUAGAGACGAACUCAUAUCGGAAUUUCAUAAAUUGAAGAAAGCGGAAGGAGCGUCAGACGCGCGGUUCAUUGAAAUGAAACGACUGCAACAAAAGAUCCGGACGAGACGAAAACGAUUAGAACGCCGCGCUCAAAAGGUAGCCCGGAAGGAAUUCUUCGAUAGUAUUGGAAACCAGAUCAUUGAGCAAAACCAGCAAGGUACUCCGGUCACUUUCACUCCGGACGUCAGUAAUAUUCAGCCGGAGAGAAUUGCGCUUGCCGAGCUUGAAUUCAAGAACAGGGAUGUCGAUACCAUCGAUGAUACGGAAUUGAUUGAAGACCGCAUUCGAUCUCUCGAGCUACGACUGAAACUAAACAGCCUUCAUAUUCCCAAGGCCUUGAAAAAGCGAAUCGUGUUCAAAGGUCGACCGAAGGAAGCAUCGAGACAAGUAGUGGUCCCAAUAGAAAGCUUAUCUGGGCUGGAAUGUCCUGUGUGUCUAGGGAAUACUAGCUUGGAUCCCAUCGCCAGGCGAUAUAAGUACUCACGAAAGGAUGUACUUCAGGUUCAUUUUGGGACUCAUCGCCUCCCAUUCUUUUUUGAAAAGCAUGGUCGAAAGUGUGAUUGGCCUCAUUGCCUUGAAGUUCUCUUCACACUUUCACAAUAUAAAUGUCACCUUGCAAACGUCCACAAGGUUACUUUAUAG